UCACCCUUACCGUGUGCCUGCUUCCUGCACCCCCUCCAAGUGCCACGGACAGCCGCCGUGACAAGUCUCCAUAAACCCCACACGACGCCUCAUGUUUCUGCAAACAGAACCAAUGUUCAUGCUGUCUUUGGAAUAACAAGUAUGUGUAAAUAUUCUCUGAUUCCGUCUUACUGCUGCACACCGGAAACGGGGAGGGAGGUGGGAUGCGGGCUUUCCUAGACUCGCGUAUCCAUCUUCAAGACACCGCAUCCUGUUAUUUGUGUCCAGAAUGCGUUUUUCCACACGUUUUUGGAUUUUUUCUUCACCUCCUUGAAGCGUCUAGGUGGUCUUAGCGAGGCAUUUCCACGCCCUGUCAUUAUCGUCAAUAGCUAAUCAGCAUCAUGUCCCCUCCGGCGUCGGCUGCCAGUGAAAGCAGCACCACGACUGUGUUUGAAGAGGACACCAGAGAGGAGCAAAGACCUCUCAAGCAAUCGCUGAGCAAGUCGUUGUGUCGGGAGAGUUUCUGGAAAUGUCUUCUCCUGUCCGUUCUCAUGUACGGCUGCAUGGGGGCGAUGGUUUGGUGUCAUGUCACAGAGGUGACCCGCCUCACAUUUGACAGCGCAUUCAAAGGGAAAUCCAUGAUGUACCAUGACAGUCCCUGCUCUGAUGGCUACAUAUACAUUCCUCUUGCCUUACUGGGCAUGCUCUACUUGGUCUACCUGGUGGAGUGCUGGCACUGCCACGCCAAGAAUGAGCUGCAGCACAAAGUAGACGUGGAGGGGAUUUAUGAGCGAAUCCAGCGAAUGCAGCAAGCCAAGCCGUGCAUCUGGUGGAAGGCUAUCAGCUACCACUAUGUGCGUCGCACCCGCCAGGUCACGCGCUAUCGCAAUGGCGAUGCGUACACCAGCACCCAGGUUUACCACGAACGAGUCAACACUCAUGUCGCCGAAGCGGAAUUCGACUACAGUCACUGCGGAGUCAAAGACGUCUCCAAACAGCUCCUCAAUUUGGAGAAGUCCGCCCUCACAAAGAUGCGCUUCACUAAGUGUUUUAGUUUUGCCAACGUCGAGUCUGAAAAUUCCUACCUUACUCAACGCGCCAGGUUUUUCACUGACAACGAGGGCCUUGAUGACUACAUGGAAGCCCGGGAGGGCAUGCACCUGAAAAACAUCGAGCUCAAGGAAUACAUCAUGGCUCUCUCCGACCCGGAGCACCACCCUUGGUAUCUGUCUCAUUACGUCUUCUGGUUUGCUUCAUUCCUCACCUUCUCAUGGCCUCUACGAGUCUUCACGGAGUACCGCACCGCAUAUGUCCACUAUCGUGUUGAGAAACUCUUUGGACAUGAUUACAUCCCAGUGACGCCGUGUGAUGAUCGCCCAUAUUGGAGACGUAUCCCUCGUGUAAACACCAUCGAUAGCACAGAGUUGGAGUGGCACAUUCGCUCCAACCAGCAGUUGGUGCCCAGUUACUCAGAGGCAGGCCUCAUGGACUUAGCCCAGUGCCCCUCCAACUUUAGUGGAAUUCGUCAGAAUUGUGAGCGCUGCCACAGAGCCAUCAGUUGCUCUUCAGUGUUCUCCAGAAGCGCCCUCAGCAUUUGUACAGGAGCCAGCUCCCGAAUCCCCUUCAGUGGCAGCAGGUUCUCUCUGGCCCGACGCUAUGGAUCACAACGAAGCUGCUUUUGGAGAAGCGGUAGCUUGGACGACCAGGAGAGCCCCAGCGAAAACACACGAUGUCUGUCGGAGCGCCUCACCACAGAUGAUGAAGAGCCCCCGGACUAUGACGAUGCAUUGUGCUACCCGGUGCUUAUUGUCCAUUGCAGCGAGAAUUGUCACAAUCACAGGUCUUUCCAUCGAAACGGCUCCUGUGUGGAAACGUCACUAUGACUGCACUGAAAGAACACAUGAGCAUACAGCUCUAGUCAGACAUUUACUCAAUCUCAUCAUGGGACACAGUGUCAUAUUCAUUUUGGGAGCUUAAUUAUCUAUAUGAGCUGUUAGUGGAAUGAUUAUACAACAUGAAUCUACAACAUUUUUAAAAACAAAACCAAGUUUGAAUGUAUUUAGAAUUUUCAAAAAUUUACACAGGGUCAAAAUUUAUAUAGACUUGGAUGACUAUAUACAUAUGUAAUUCCGACCCUAUGUAAAUUGGACAAACUGAAAUUAAUUCACAUUUGUCUUCAAAAAUCAUUGAAGUUGAAUGUUGUCUAAUUUAACCACCUUGGAAAAAGAACAAUUCAAAAACAAAAAAUAAAAUAAAAAUUGAUAUGACAUUCAUGUCCAUGAUGAGCACAUCUGACAGGAACUUUAUCUGUAGCAUGAUACACUAAUUUAUGUGUUGUCAUUUCUCAAACAAAUGCAAAUGAAUGUGUGAAUGACCAAAGCAAUAAGCGUGACUUAGUGACAUGUGAAACCUGCUAGUGGGCGGAGACUGUUAACAUUGCAUAUCAUUGCCAUAGCUUUUAAAAUACUGUAGAGAGAUUACAUGUAAAAGUGGCAGUGUAGUUGCCUGGCAGGAGCUGGACUGAAGCGAUGGACAGAUUUAAAUAUCUGUCAUUAAAAAAUAUCGGUGACAAAAGUAUCGGAAGAGUCAAGUUAGGAAUUUCAACCACAGCAAUAAUCACAAAAACACCAAAUAUGUCAAGUCGGCUAGUUACACUAAUGCAUAUCAUAUCAUAUAAUACUAUUUAUGCCAAACAAUAAACAUGAAAUAGUCUGUUAUGUCAGUUUAAAAUGUGUCAUUUCAGGAAUGUUCUGUGUUCAAGCCCCGGUGCGAGCAGUGGGAAGCAGGCGGGGUAAUUAUUAUUAUUAUUAUUAUUAUUAUUAUUAUUAUUAUUAUUAUUAUUAUUAUUAUUAUUAUUAUUAUUAUUAUUAUUAUUAUUAUUAUUAUUAUUAUUAUUAUUAUUAUUAUUAUUAUAAAAAACAAUGCAGGUGCGUUCUGAAAUGUUUAUUGUCCCACAAAUAUUCUAAAUAUUAUUGUAACAUUUUUUGAGACCAAAUAACCACUAUUAUGAUAAUAUACUGCAUAAUAAUAAUCAUAAUAAUAUAGCGCACUGUUUUUGUGUAUUCAUGUCAGGGCUGUAUACAUAUACAUACAUUAUACAUACAUUGAUAGACAAAUCUUGACUUUAUUUUUAUUAUUUAUUAGUAUUAACAUUUUAGCUUUUCCUAGUUACAGUGUGCCUUUUUGCUCUAAUUUCCACUUUUGGUGGGUUUUUUGUUUAUUUUAUUUAAGCCACAAUCCACAAAUGGCCCUUGCGCUACACUUUGGACAACAUGGGUGUGAUGCAGUGGGGUGACUAGAGCAUUGCGUCCAAGCUCUACCUUCUUCUUCCUAUUCUAUGUAUGAGGUGUGUUAUUAAACGGAACCACUGAUCGCCGGUACUUCAUAGUGAGUGCUUAGCCAAAUGCAAUGAGUGACAUUUUAAUUGCUCGGUUAUUAAGGGUGCAGACAAGUCCGAAGAUCUAUGAGGGUUGAUCUGACAAAUCUUUAAGUAAAGUUGAUCAAAUGUAGAAUUACUACAGCUUCGCCACGCCACAAGAUCUCAUGACACCCUUACUCAAUGUAUAGUGUCUGAUUUGAUUUACAUACUAGGUUUGGUUGCUGUUUUAGGAAAUUGUGUGAUUUUUGUCACUCACAUAAUUGCUUACAGUAGAUUUAGGAAUCACGUGAAUGUGUCUCAUUUGAUUAUAAUCAUUGAAUUUGAACAAGGUUUACACACAAGAAGAGUAACGUUUUUGGGGGCCAUGAUUAAAAACUGUAAUAUGAUCACCUACAUGAAUGUUGAGGUCAGACAAGACAAGGACAUGUUUACAUUUAAAUUUACCAUACCAUGAAAAGGUCACAACUGUGAUCACCAUCAAAAAACCAAACUCAAGUGUGCAUUGAGCUGCAAAAAAUGACCAAUGCUCAUGAUUGCAUGAUUGUCUGAACAUUUGUGUGUUAAGAAGCAUAAAACCUAAAUAUGAACCACCACCAGCAUACAUCAUGUAGUAUAUCAAAUAUGUAGCGUAUGCAGUAAUAUGGUAGCCCUUUCAAGUACAGUUGAUGCAAAAAUCCACUUAUGUUUACACACUUAUACACCAUAUAAAUUUUGUAAUAUUGGUUCCUUUUUACAACAUCUAACAGGUGAAAAUUGUGUGUAUUCUAGAAAAUAAUAAAUGUAUAAUUUCCACAAUGUAGUGAAACCAGUAUCAUGCACUUGAAUUUACAUUGGAUUUUAUGAAUUGGACUGAAGAUGAAUGUUGACGUAAAUUCAUUAUGCAUUAUUCAAGCUGAUAUAUGGUACAACAUGCAACUAAUAACCAUAAAACAGUACAAAUCUAAUCUUAUUUGACAAGGUUACAAAAUGAUUGUUGUCAUAUUAUUGAACUGACUGAAUAAAAUAUGAUUAUCUCCUCCAAAAAUGUAACCAUUUUAAUCAUAUGCUGGUAAAUAAUAUCUGCAAUAAAUGUGGGAGCAAGGCUAUGUGUCUUUUAUCUUAAUUAAAUGUG